AUGGUUCAUACUUCUGCAAAGCAAUUGAAUCUUGAUUUGACUACUAUGUUUACUGUUGAUGAUCCUCUGUUUUUACAAAUUAAUUUGCAGAGAUCCUCUGCGUCGACUGGUCACUUCUUUGCAGCAUUUCUGGAACAGGGUGCACAUCUAGCAUUUAUACAAGAAUACUAUUCGAAUUCUAAUACCAAUACAAUUGUGGGUCUCCCCAAUGCCCUCACAGCUUUUCAAUCUUCAACUAAUCUUGCUGCUAUUGUUUUUUCAUCCACUCUUCCUCUGCGUCUUUUCUAUUCUACCCCUCACACUGUCACAGUUGCAAUGUUCACUUCUAGCUUUACUUAUCUUUUCUCUUCACUUUAUUUUCCUCCUUCUUUGGACAUAGAGGACAUUCUUGUGGAGUUGGAUGAACUCUUUUCACACUCUCCUCCUUCUGCAUUUCACCUCUUAGCGGGCGAUUUUAAUUCUUCCAGUGAACUUUGGGGCGCCUACCCAGACUGCCUUCCUCAAAAAAUUCUUAUUCACAGAAUCUUAGAGCAUUCAUGUUCUAAAACACACUGGCAGGCUUAUAUAUGGGCACGCAGCCAACUCGUAUCCUUAGAAUAUUUAAGUGCUGCGGUUGGUUUGGCAGAAGAUAUCGAAGAUUUAGACGGCUCUGCUUCUUCAAAUUCUAGCCCUCUUUCUAAUAACUUCGGUGGAGUUGUUAGUUUUCAGCAACGUGAGCAAAGCUUAUCUGCUGUUGGUUUGGACAUACAUUCUUGUUUGCAUUUCUUGUUGGAUCUUUACAGCCAGUGGUUAUCACCACAGACAUGUCCUUUUACACCAUUAAUAUUACUGACAGAGGUCGUUAAAUCGGUUGUUGCUUUAUCAGAUAUUUUUAUGGAAAAGGCUCAAUUUGAAUGGAUGCUUGACACAUUUCUUGAAGUACAAAGAAUUCAUCCUGCUGAGGAUGAAAUUAUUGCUCAGUAUUUAAUCUUUGGUAUAUGUAAGGCUGCUGCUGUAUUAGGAAUUGAACAGGAUGUGCUAGAAAGAUUGAGAAAAUUAUUAGAACUUAGUUUAAAAAGUUCAUAUCUUCCAACACGAAUUUCAACUCUGCAUGGUCUUCUUUAUUUAUUAGAACAAGGAGGAGGAGAUGAAUCUUUUCCAUUGUUACCUACAGCAACAGAAUACAUUCUCAAGAACCUUGAUGCAAUAAAUAUGACUAGUAUGCAGUAUAAUCAGAAUGAAGAUCAUAUACUUAUCAUGUGGGCUGUUGCAUUUUACAUCAUGGAAAAUUAUCAGGAAGAAAUUUCUGAAGAAGAUUUUAACCAAAAAAUAUAUCAGUUAAGUCUUCAAAUAUGUGGUCAAAACGAAGACUGUGUGUCAAAUAUGGUAUAUCUAACUGUUCUUCAUGGUUUGGAACGUCUUCUUGUUGCAGAAAUUUUAACUGGAAAGGAAGCAAAUCUACUUUUAAAAUUAACGGUUGAGAGAGUCCGAUCAGGAACGCCAGUUUCCUCAUUGGCUGCUUUAGGUCUCUUUUUGUCUUGUAUGUAUAUAGGAAAAAGUACAAAUAUGUGGUCUAAUGAGUUGGUUCCAGAUACAAAAACACCCGAAAAAUUGCAUUCUGGUGGCAGGCAAGUGCAUUCAGAAUUUAUGCUUGUUGCCAUGGAACGUGUUACAACAUUAUUUGACAGGAUUAGAAAAGCAUACCCAUUUGAAGCUGAAGUUAUUUGUGAGAUUCUGCCAGCAUUUCUAAUGGAAUUUUUUCCUGUGCAAGAAAUUUUGAAUAAAAUUAUCACAGAAUUUUUAUCUAGUCAACAACCACAUCCACAACUUAUGGCUAAAGUUAUUUUUGAGGUUUUCCAGUAUCUACAUAAACAAUCACAAGAAGAAAUUAUUCAUGAAUGGGUGUUACUGUCAUUAUCUAAUUUUAUGCAAAGGUCACCCUUGUCUAUGGCAGUAUGGAGUCUGAGUUGCUUUUUUGUGAGUGCUACAACAAAUUACUGGUUUCAAGCUCUAUUUCCAUACAUACAAAACAGAAUGGGUAAAAUGGAAGAGCAAGACAAAGUAUUAUUCUGCAUUGCUGGUCUGAAUUUCAGAAAUCAGCUACAAAGUAAUGAACAAAAGCAAGCAUAUUUCAAUACUAUACAAAGUGUUGCUCUCCCUCAUACACCGUAUGCUGAUUUAUUGCAGUGCUUGUAAAUUACUUGCCAACUACAUGUGUUCUGAAUUAAAAGAAAUUGAUUAUGAAGAUUAUUAUUUUAUAUUUAUGUUUAAAAAAGGGGGUGGCACAGGGAAAUUCAUGUAUACCUCAGAUAUGGUUAUUCCAAGUUACAUGCAUGUAUUUUCUUUCUCAAUUGUAAAUCUUAUUCAAAUUUUCUUUCUCAAUUGUAAAUCGACAUAACUUAUUUAAUUAUUAAUCAACAUUAUUAUUUGUAUUGCAUAAUUUAAAGACUUUGAAUGUCCAAAGUAAUGAAUAUUUAUUAUUAAAUUAUUAUGUUCUUUUUCUAUUUUAAAUCUAGUUGUUAUAUUUAAUAUAUAAAAUACCCACUGGGUUUUUAUUUUCAGAAGCUUUUAUAAUCAUUCCUUUAAUACUAACAGUGCGUUAGAAAAGCUUUAUCUGAAAAUACUCAUCUCUGUUCUAAAGAGAUCAUUUUGCAAAUGUAAAUACAUUACACACAUAUAUAUAUUAUAGAAAUUGUUGAGUUUUAUAAUGAACUUUUAUAAAAUAUAGAAUUACUUUAUCAUGUUUAAGAAUACCUCAGGCAUCUGAAUGUAUUUUUAUGUCCUGUAAAAUAGUAUUCUAAGUGCACAUUUGUUCAUCAUCCAGAAAUAAUUAUGCAGGUAUACAUGUAUUAGCUAUGUAUGUAUGUGCAGGUAUGGAUUUAAGAAUAUGAAUUAAGUAUUUUAAAGGCAAGUAUUCUUUUCAAGAACUAUCAGUGAACAUUGCUUGUUGCAGAUGCACAAUUUAAUCAUAUCCAUUUAUUGCAUAUUAUACUUAUGAAGGUAACUGAAUUAAAUAGCAAAUGUUUGAAUAACUUAUUUCCUUGAAUGAAUUUGUAAUUUUUGUAACAGGAAAAACUGUCUUUCUCAAAUUAUGUGUAUAAUUUUUUCUCAUUAACAUUUCAAAAUUUUAAAUCUAUAAAGAAAUAUAGCAAAAAUAGUCAUCAAUCAGUUUAAUAUGAAUAAAAAAUUAGUAACUAUAACAAUAGACUUCAUUUAUUAAAUGCUUUUCUUUCCCCUUUUAAAUCAAAAGGUUAAGAAUUUAGAGUUACCAAGAAGCAAUGGCUGUAUAUCAUCCUUAAAAUAUACAUAUAUAGAGACUAAUUUUUUAUUAUGUUCAAAUCUGUGAAUGUAGCAAUAUGUAAGCAGAAACUAAUUUUGUAAAUAAAAUCUAUACUUUAAGACUUGUU